AUGGAGAAAGAAUCUGCUAGCGGUGAUUGCUGUGAACCCCUCACAUACAAGACAUGGGCUUUGAGAGUGUCCAUUCACUGUGUAGGCUGCAAGAGGAAAGUAAAGAAAGUCCUUCAAAGUAUUGAAGGAGUUUAUAAGAUAGAGAUAGAUGCAAAACAACACAAAGUCACUGUGGCUGGAAAUGUCGAAGCCGAAACGUUGACCAAGAAGCUCAUAAAAUCGGGCAAAAAUGCUUUCCUCUGGUCAGAAAAUCCCGAGCCUAAGGAAAAGCAGAAGAAGCAGAAGGACUCCGAUGAGGAUGAGAGUGCUACCGAUAUCGAGCAAGUUGAUAAUCCGACGAAAGAAAGUAAUGAAAAUGGAAAUGCAAACCAAAACGGUGGCGAUAAAAAGAAGAAAAAGAAAAAGAAAAAGAAAAAGGGGAAUUCGGGUUCAGCGAAUGCUGCUGGUGGUGGUGCAUGUGCACCAGCAGCAACAGGAAACGGUGGAUCUAAUCCACUGUCGGGAAUCUCGGGCCCACCGGCCGACCAAAUGAACCAGAACCUGCCACAUCAGCAAAUCCUUCCUUAUCCGAACUUUUACUGCCCGGCCCCGGAAUAUGGGAUGAGCUACAACAAUGCUGCAAGUAUGACUGCUUAUUAUACAUACUCACGCCCGUAUUAUUACUCGCCAACUUUACCGUCUGAACCGGUCUUUGAUCAUAAUCGUCGUGAUGGAAGUUUUGCCGAUGAUGAAAACGGUUGCUCGAUAAUGUGA